CCUUUGCUUGCAACCGAGAUCCAUCGGUCACUGACAGUCUCUGAAUUCUCUCAACAGAAGCUUGAGCCGCUUAGCUUCGUCGGGAGGGAUAGCAGGCUCCGAUGCUCGCGUAUCUGGUUCUCCUGCGAAGCUACAGGGUUCGUUCGUCGGACAACUUUAAUUAGGUCACCCAGUAUUCCUGACGUCUUUAUUUUUACUUCAGGCGCAGGACAUGCGGUUGCGGGAAGCUAGGCCUUGACUUCCCUCCGACCAAGAGAGAUUAUGCUCGUGAUAGGUCUUCAAUUCGCUAGUUGGCCUCGUUGCUCCUUAUGGCGUGCCUGCUAGCCUCCUCGUACAAGCACAUUCCCCACCUUGUACAUUCCUCGCUCGUUACAAGCACGUUCGUUUCAAAACCCUCCAGCGCUCCUCAUGGAAGGCCGUGGCCUCGCGCACUCCGGGAAAAUUCGUCUCUUAACGCGUAUAGAAGGCCGCCGUAUGUCGGAGCACGCCUUACCAACGCGUCUAGCUCGCCGAGGCACAAGCAGCAAGGGAGCGGAAUUCGUGUACGAAUCUCGCGUUCGCGACAGUCACACGGUCGGUCCGCCAGUCAGACUAGUGCAGCAACAGCACCAGCAGCAGCAGGAGCAGCAGCAACGUCGACAGCCUUGUCGAUUCAUCCUACGACCGCUUCGCUCGUAGCUGUUCUCGCAGUCACCCUGGCAGCAUCGUUGAAAGCAGCAUGGUCUGAAGCACUUUCCGCGUCUUCGCGUGCUGCUGUUGCCUCGGGAUUCUCGAGAUUUCCGCGUGCAGUAAAUCACAGGAAGAAAUCACCGUACAGGUUGCGGCUCUCCAAGUCGUUUCAGGCCGUCAGAUUUGUCGAGAUCCAUCCGCACCGUCCGAUCAGGAUCUCUAGAUUCGUGAAUCCAUCGUCCCGCGGGUCCAUCUCCAGGAAACGGAGCAGCAGAAGUGAUCGAGCAGAUAGAAUAGCCGUUGAAAAGCCGCCUUCUGAAACCCUAGAUUCGAGUGCUCGUACGUGGAAACGCUCAUAUUCGACCAUCCGUCGACGUGAAGCCCUGGAUUCGAGAAUAGGUAGAUGGAAAGUUCUAGACUCGAGUGCAGGUAGACGGAGAACGUCCACAGAUAGCCUCAGGGGAUGGCGACUGGAUGGGCAUGGAUUACCCAAGAAGGCACUACCAGCACGCAGCUUAGUAACAGAAUCAGCCGCAGAUUCGCUACCAGCAGGAUUAACUGCGCACCGAGUACCAGCACAGUCACAGUCUGUCGCACACCUGUUACCAGCAGAAGCAAGCUCAGCAUCCCCCACCGCUGCCCCUUCUGCUGCUUGUGCCGCCUUGUCGUCUAGGUAUCCCCGUGCAAACUCGCUCCAUCGGACUUCUUUUAACAGAACCUGCUUAUAUCGAAGCUCCCUGUACGGCCAGAGACAGGGGCCCGUAGGUCGUUCUCUGGGCUUCCCAGUGGGUAGGAGCAGGCGAAGAUUGCGCUCGCCAGUGCGUGCCUCUGCUGCUGCUGCUGGCGCAGCAGGCGCAGCAGCGGCAGCAGGAGCAGCGGGAGCAGCAGGAGCAGCGGGAGCAGCGGGAGCAGCGGGAGCAGCGGGAGCAGCGGGAGCAGCGGGAGCAGCGGGAGCAGCGGGAGCAGCGGGAGCAGCGGGAGCAGGAACAGGAGCGGCAGGAGCAGCAGCAGGAGCGGCAGGAGCAGCAGCAGGGGCCAUUCCGUUCUUUCUCAAAUUCCCCAUUCCAAAUCCCUUCCACCAGAUGCCUCCUCUAUCCGACAUCUUCACCAAGCUCCUAAAGAAAGCCAUGGCGGCAGGAAAGGUGCCCCUAGACUGGCUGCACCACCCGCUAUCCCCCGUGCUGCCCGCGCUCGUGAUUAUAGCGGGGGCCAUCUGGCUGCUGGGGCCGCUGGUGCGGCUGGGCAGGAAGGUGAUUAAAAAGAGCGACGCCAACUGGGAGGAGUCCCGCUCUCGCCACGUGAUGGUGUCUUAUCUGCGCCCGCUCAUCCUCUGGGGCUGCGUGCUCGUGCUCUGUGGCUGCUUCCAGCCGUUCGCCAUGCCCACGGAGGCGGGUCAGCUCAUCAAGGACCGCUUUGUCAACUUCCUGCGCUCGCUCUCCACCGUGCUCGUCUUCGCCUUCUGCACCGCCAACCUCACGCGCCAGAUUCAGAAGAUGAUGGAGAAGCAGAGCAACAAGGAGGAGACCCGAAAUGUGGGGGUGCAGUUCGUGGGCAACACGGUGUACACGCUCGUGUGGGUGGCGGCGGUCUUUCUAUUCAUGGAGCUGCUGGGCUUCUCCACUCAGAAGUGGAUCACUGCUGGCGGGCUGGGGACCGUGGUGGUGACGCUCGCUGCAAGAGAGAUUGUGACCAACUUCCUCUCCUCCAUCAUGAUCCAUGCCGCCCGCCCCUUCAUGGUCAACGAGUGGAUCGUGUGCCGCAUCGACGGCCAGGAGAUAUCCGGCACCGUGGAGCACGUAGGGUGGUGGGAGCCGACUCUAGUGAGGGGCGACGAUAGGGAGGCGAUCCACAUCCCGAACCACAAGUUCAGCGUCAUUGUGAUUCGCAACAUGAGCACGCGCAACCACUGGCGCAUCAAGAUCUACUUUGGCGUCUGCCACCUCGACAUCAACAAGAUGCCUGACAUCCUGGUGGCCAUGCGCAAGUUCAUUGGCAAGCACCCCAUGCUGGAGCAGCGCCACCUGCACCGGCGUGUGUUCGUGGAGCGAAUCGACGAGCAGCUUCAAGCCAUCAUGAUCAUGUGCUCCACCUUCGUGAAGACGCCAUACUUUGAGGAGUAUCUGCGAGUCAAGGAGAACGUUGUCCUCGAGAUGUACAAGAUCAUUCUCGAUCACGGGGCGCGCCUGGCAACGCCCAUCCGGUCGGUGCAGCGGCUGUACGACGACGGCGAGGUGGCGCGGGGGGGUUACAGCGACGAGGAGGAGUUUGAGGAGGACGAGGACGAGGAGGACUAUGAGGAGGAGGAGGAGGAGAUCAGGCCGCCCGCUCUGCUGGUCGCUGCUGGGCUGGGCGUGGCUGGUGCUGGGUCGGGUGGGGGUGGGGGAGGAGGAGGAGGUGGGGGAGGGGCGGGUGGAGGAAGAGGGGGAGCAGGAGGAGGAGUGGGAGGAGGCGGAGCAGGAGCAGGUGGAGGGGGGAUUGGUGGUGCAGCUGGCAGGGCGCCUGAGAACGGGGCGAGAGUAGGGGUAGGGGCGGGGGCAGGAAUACCUGUAGGGGCAGGGAGUGGUGCAGGGACGGGUGUGGGGGCAGGUGUUGGGGCAGGUGUUGGGGCAGGUGUUGGGGCAGGUGUUGGGGCAGGUGUUGGGGCAGGUGUUGGGGCAGGUGUUGGGGCAGGUGUUGGGGCAGGUGUUUUGACAACCGCAGGGGCAGGCACAUCAGCUUUAGCAGCAGCAGGGGCAGGGCAGGGAGGAGGGGAGGUGAAUGGGCAUGCGAGCUUGGCAGCGAACGGGGGAGUGACUGUGAGCAGAGGUGUGAGUGUGAAUGGUGCGGCAGGAGGAGGGGAGGCAGGCGCUGCUAAUGGUGGGCUUCAUCACACUCCUGCUGCUGCUGGCGGUAGUGGUGGUAGUGGUGCUCCUGGUGCUGCUCCUGGUGCUGCUAGUGCUGCUGGUGGUGCUGCUGGUGGUGCUGGUGGUGCUGCUGCCAGUGCUGCUGCGCCCAUGCAUCCUCACAUCCCACCUCCUCCUGUUCCGCCGUCCCCUGCUGCUCCUCCCCCUGUCAUGCCUCCCCCUAUCAUGCCUCCCCUUGUCAUGCCUUCCCCUGUCAUGCCUCCCCCUGUCAUGCCUCCCCCUGUCCCUCCUCCCUCUGCCUCGCCUCCUGCAACUGUUUCUACCGCUUCUGCCUCCAUGGUGCCUCCACCUUCUCAGCCCCAGCACAUGCCUCCCACUCCCCGUGCUCCACCAUCUGCACCAUCUGCACCAUCUGCACCAUCUGCACCAUCUGCCCCGUCUGCACAAUCUGCCCCGUCUGCACCACCCUUCUCUACAUCCCCCACACCCUCGGGGAGACCCCCUGGCCCCCCUACCGCCACUUCUCCCUCUGCUCCCCCGUCCUCCUCUCCUCCCUCUUCCUCCUCGCAAAAGCCACCUGCAAUGGCCGCUGCUUUCGUCCCUCUGCCCUCUCCUAUGGCUCCUCUCCCCCAAGCCCCUCCAACCUUUCCCAUCGGCUCCUCCUCCCCUACCACCAGUGCUGGGUCCCCACCCAGGCAAGCAGCAGGCCCGACUCCCAAUAGUCCCACACCCACCUCUGCCGCACCUGCUGCAAGGCCCCCUGCUGCCGCACCUCCCAACACCACUCCACCACCUGCCACACCUCUCCCUGCCACUCCUCCUGCUGCUGCUGCCCCCCCCGCUGCGACCAACCGCUCAAGUGCACAGCCCUCUUCCUCUCCUUCUGCUGCUCCGCCCCUGGCUCCUCCCUCUGUCUCCCCUAAGCCUACCGCCCCCACUCCCUCUUCUGCUGCCGCUCCCUCUUCUGCCCCCCCUCCCUCUAUAAAGCCUGCUGCUCCCCCGUCUCCCUCCGUCUCACCACCCAUGGCGCCCUCCCACCCACCCAGGAGCCAGACCUCCAGCGCCCCCUCCACUGCUGCUAGAGCACCCGCUGUCAUUCCCCCCCCUCCUCCCACUGCCACAGCAGCGCCCACGUCUCCUUCCCCCUCCCCGGCAGCUCCACCCACUUCUCCUCCCCCCCCAGCCACAGCUGCACCUGCCUCGCCUUCAGGGCAACCUCCCCAACCCACAAGGCCGCCUCCACCCACAGCGGCACCCAUGUCUGCUCCAAUCUUCGCACCCAUCUCUCCUCCUGCUCCCGCUUCCACAUCCGCAGCCCCCAACUCCCCGGGUCAACCCUUUCCAACCACAAAUCAGCCGUCUGUGGUGACGGGUGGUGCACCAACAGCAGCAGCGACUGGAGGAGCAACCACAACAGCAGCGGCCACGCCAGGGCUACAGUCAGGGCGCAUGGCACAGCCACGAGGAGUAGCAACAGCUGCAGCAGCAGCAGGAGCAGGUGCAGGUGCACCGGCUAUAAUAGGUUCAGCAGCUACAACAACAGGUGCUGCAGCAGCAGCCCAGCAGUCGUCAGCAGCAGGAGCAGCUGCAGAGCGAGCGACUCAGGCGCAGGGGCCAACAGAAUCAGGGGCUCAAGCGCCAAGGGGUGAAAGCGCCAGGGCACGACAGAGAGCCACAGAGACACAGGCGCAGCAGCCAGGGGAGAAAGCAGGUGGGACGUUGAGUGGAGAACAACGGGGUGCAAGGGAUUCCAGUAGAGGGAGGGGGGCCGCAGGUGGGAGCAGGUGGGGGGGAAUGCGGGGCAGGCAGUGUGUGGGCGAUGAUGCCGUGCCAGGGAGCACCAUGGGACAGGGUUCCAUCACCGAGCAAGGUGCUGGUGCUGGUGGCGCUGCUGUUGGUGGUGCUGGUGGUGGUGAUGGCGGUGAUGGCGGUGAUGGCGGCAGUGGUGGUGGUGGCAGUGGCGUGGCGGCAAGCAGAAGGGAAGUGUUGAGGGAGCAGCUGGCAGCAAGAUGGAGAGAGGCGAGAGCAGCGGGUGGCGACACAGGCCUGCGGCCCUCAGCUGGCUCAGCAGCAGCACCAUCAGCAUCAGCAGCAGCAGCAGCAGCAGCAGCACCACCACCACCACCACCACCACCACCUCCACCGCCACCUUCAGCAUCAACAUCGCCAUCAUCAUCAGCAUCACCACAAGCAGCAGUCUCAGCACCAGAUUCAACAUCAGUUCCAGCAUCAUCAACAGCAACAGCAUCAGCAGCAUUAUCACCACCGCCACCUCCUUGGGACUACCUCAAUCCUCCUCCACCCACCUCUGUACACCCACCGGCUGGACAAUCACCGUCGUCAGUAUCAACGCCUCCAGCAUCACCAUCCCCAUCAUCAGCACGAUCAGCAUCAUCAGCACAACCCACAUCGUCAUCACAAUUAUCAUCACCAUCAGCACAAUCAGCAUCACUAGCGCCAUCACCAUUCCCCAGCCCGGCCAUUGCCAACCCCCAACCACCAUCCACUAAACCACCAUCCACUGGAGCACAGACAGAUUCGAUCUCCUCCCAACCGCAAGCAUCUCGUUCUCCCCCUCGGCAGCUCUCGACCGCGUCCCCUCCACAAGCAUCCCUCCCUGUCCCUGUACAAGCACCCUCAUCUUCUCCCUCUGUCUCUGCACCCGCUCCCUCCCAACCUUCCUAUAUCCAGUCCCAGCAAGCCCAACCCCUCUCUCAACCCUCCUCUCCUGCACCACCCUCAUCUGUACUCUCACCCACUGCCUCCUCUCCCUCAACCCCACCCCCGCUCCCCACCUCCCCUCCACCUGCUGUGGCCUCUUCUCCCUCCCUCACACCUUCCCCAUCCAACCCAUCUGCCCCCCCCUCAGCCGUGACUCCUGUGCCUGCUGCACCAGUACUGUCUGCUCCUCCCCAGCCACCUGUGGUCGCCACUGGGGGAACAGUCCCAGUCACAGGUGCAGGCACAGGCACAGGCACAGGCACAGGCACAGGCACAGGCACAUCAAAAGUGGGCGCAGGUGUGGGGUCUUUGCUGCAGGAGCAGCUUCAAGGGGAGGUGACGGGGGAAGGGAGGGGAAUGGACAGAGGGAAGGGGGGGAAGCACGGAGAAGGGGAGGAAGGGGAGGGUGUGCAGCAGGCCAUACUGUUCGAGGUGGACGGUGAGGGGAUUCCCGAUGUGGAUUGGAAGGCUGAGAUUCAACAGGCACUGGGAAUGGACGGAGGGGAUGAGGAGGAAGGUGGGGAGGAGAAAAAGGGGAGUAAGGGGAGUGGGGAGGAGACGAGGGAGAGUGAGGGGAAGUCAGAGGGAAGGGCGAUUGAGGGUGUAAAAAGUGGAAAUAAGAGUGUUUGGAGAGAGGUGGAGAGAGAUGAGGGUUCAAGAUUGGAUCCACGUGAGGUGGCAGAGGAGGGAGUUGAGGUGGCCCCUGUGCCGGUGUUUGUUACAGAAGUCAUUUCAGGUGCCUCGGUUCUGCCUGCUGCUGAUGGUGGUGGUGACGAAAGCAAAGCUGCUGGCAUGGAAAGCAUGCGUGUGUCGUCGCCAGCAGGAGAUGCAAGGGAAGUUGGUGAACGGGUGAUGGGGUCAGGAGAGGCAGUGACACGAGGGAGGGCAGAUGAGACCAGGCCACCAUUACUGGGAGCUGCAGCAGCUGCACUUAUAACUGAGGCUGGUAAGACUCAAGCAGCAGCUCGUGCAGAGUCAGAUGCAACUAAAGGUUCAGGGAAGGGUGAUGGACUAGGAACCCCUGCUGCCACUAUUGACACCAGCGGUGGCAAGGGGGCCGGGAUGGGGCUAGGAACAUUGGGUAGCACAAAGCAAGGUCUAUGAGUAAUGAAUAUGGGAUAUUGUAAUAUGAUUGCGAGGUGAAAUUAAAACCUGAUUGCUUUCGUUCCAACUCGUGAUCGGUACCCUUCGAUGUUUUCAGUUGUAUG